AUGAAUCUCACCUCCCAACGCCUCUUCUCCCAAUCCUCGCCGCCGUCUUUGGACGACUUUCACCGUCUCUGCUCGGAAUCCGCAAAGCCCGAGACCUACCCACUGGCAGCCUCGAUUGAGAAAAACGUGCCUAUCUACAACCUCUCCGAGUACGAGGACGCUUUGGCAUCUGACGACCCAACCAUCGCAAAGCUGCAGGAUGAGUGGUACCAGAUCCUCCUCUCGGGGCCCGGCGUAUUCGUGCUCAAGGGCAUGUACACCAACCAGCCCCAAUUCUCCUCCGCGCGAGACAACGCCACACGCGCCUUUGAGCGCAUCAUCUCACACGAAAAGACACUGCAAAAAAACGGAGACUCCAAGGGGGACCAUUUCGCCGGCAAGGGCGCCAACGAACGCAUCUGGAACUCGUUUGGCAAACACGCCCUCGUCGACCCGGCUUCCUUUAGCGAAUACUACUCCAACCCUUGGCUCAGCCAUGUUUGCAAUUCCUGGCUGGGUCCAGCCUACCGCGUGACCGCGCAGGUAAACGUUGUGAAACCGCAGGGAAAAGCGCAGAAUCCGCAUCGGGAUUAUCAUCUGGGGUUUCAGGAUCAACCGCAUUGUGCGCAGUACCCCCGAGGCGCGCAGGUGGCUAGUCAGUUUUUGACGCUGCAGGGGGCUGUUGCGCAUACGGAUAUGCCGUUGGCCAGCGGUCCCACGAGAUUGCUGCCCUUUAGCCAGCGGUUUGAGGACGGGUAUCUGGCAUAUCGUGAGGAUUCCUUUCAGCAAUAUUUCCUAGAGAAUUACGUCGCGCUGCCGCUGGAAAAGGGUGAUGGCAUCUUUUUCAACCCAGCGCUGUUCCAUGCCGCAGGUGCAAACGAGACGGCGGAUUUCAAUCGCAUGGCGAAUUUACUGCAGAUUAGCAGCGCGUUUGGCAAGGCCAUGGAGAGUGUUGAUUCGUUGCCGAUUGUGGAGCGAUGCUGGGGUAUUCUUGCGGAAAAGUAUACAGCCAGUACUGCCAGUAAAAAAGAAAAAUUGGAGCUGUCGAGUCUGGUGCAGGCGAUCGCGGAUGGUUAUCCCUUUCCGACGAAUCUGGAUAAUAGACCACCAGCGCCCAGUGGCAUGGCGCCGGAGAGCGAGCAGCAGCUGCUUGUGCGUGGCCUCGAGGCGGGAUGGACGCGGGCGCGCGUGGUGGAGGAGAUGAGGAAGAUGCGGAGUGAUGCGGCGGAUGUUUUUGAGUGGAAUAGUUGA